GGGGGCGGGGCUUUCCCCUGCCAUAUCCACCACGUGACCCUCCUCGGCAGCUCCAGGCGGUCGCAUCGCAGAGCUAGAGAUCAUGCAUUCGAGGGCGGUGUUCCUUCUGCUGGCGGCAGGCCUCCUGGUCCUGGGCCAGACCCCGGCCUGCCGGGCCCACGGAGAGCUGGAGGACGCGCUCGGGGACGAGGACAUGGACGUGGAGGACGAGCUGGACCUGGGGAUGGUCGGCGCCGAGGAGGACGACGACGGGGACCUGGACGGAGACGUGCAGGACGACGAGGCCCCGCCCACACCCAAGACCCCGCCCGUACCCAAGGUGACCUACAAGGCCCCGGAGCCGAUGGGGGAGCACUUCUUCGCCGAGUCCUUUGACCGCGGGACUCUGGACGGGUGGGUUCUGUCCAGCGCCAAGAAGGAGGACACGGACGAGGACAUCGCCAAGUACGACGGGAAGUGGUCCGUGGAGGAGAUGCGGGACAGCAAGCUGCCCGGAGACAAGGGCCUGGUUCUGAAGUCCCGGGCCAAGCACCACGCCAUCUCGGCCCAGCUGCUGCGACCGUUCACCUUCGAGUCCGGCCCGCUCAUCGUGCAGUACGAGGUGAACUUCCAGUCCGGCAUCGACUGCGGCGGCGCCUACGUGAAGCUGCUGUCCCAGACGCCAGAGCUGAGCCUGGAGGAGUUUGUGGACAAGACGCCCUACACCAUCAUGUUCGGACCAGACAAGUGCGGCGAAGACUACAAGCUGCACUUCAUCUUCCGGCACCGGAACCCCAAGACCGGAGAGGUUGAGGAGAAACACGCCAAGAAGCCCGACGCCGACCUGCGGGGAUAUUACACCGACAAGAAGACACAUCUGUACACACUGGUGCUGAACCCCGACAACACCUUCGAGGUUCUGGUGGACCAGACUCUGGUGAACAGCGGCAGCCUGCUGACGGACAUGACACCGCCCGUCAACCCGCCCGCCGAGAUCGAGGACCCCGACGACAGCAAGCCCGACGACUGGGACGAGAGACCCAAGAUCCAGGACCCAGACGCCGCCAAGCCCGAGGACUGGGACGAGGACGCCCCGGCUCAGGUCGCGGACCAGGACGCCGUGAAACCAGACGGCUGGCUGGACGACGAGCCCGAGUACAUCGGAGACCCGGACGCCGUCAAGCCUGAGGACUGGGACGAGGACAUGGACGGCGAGUGGGAGGCCCCCCAGGUCCCCAACCCGGCCUGCGAGACGGCCCCCGGCUGCGGCGCCUGGACCCGGCCCAUGGUGGACAACCCCAACUACAGGGGCAAGUGGAAGCCCCCCAUGAUCGACAACCCCAACUACCAGGGCAUCUGGAAGCCCAGGAAGAUCGCCAACCCGGCGUUCUUCGAGGACCUGCAGCCGUUCAAGAUGAUCCCCUUCGGCGCCGUGGGGCUGGAGCUCUGGUCCAUGACCUCCGACAUCUUCUUUGACAACUUCUUCAUCACCAACGACCGCAACACGGCUGAGCGCUGGGCCACCGACGGCUGGGGGCUGAAGAAGGCCGCGGAGGGCGCCGCCGAGCCCGGUCUGGCUGCUCAGAUGCUCAACGCUGCGGAGGAGCGUCCGUGGCUCUGGGUCGUGUAUGUCCUGACAGUAGCGCUGCCGCUCGUGCUCAUCGUCGUCUUCUGCUGCACUGGCAAGCGACGAUCUCAACCAGCUCAGGGUCAGAUGAGUCUCUCCAGCUUACAGGGAGAUUAUAACGAAGCCGGACCCCCGACCCGCCGCGCCUCUGGCCCCGCCCCCGGCCCGAAGACGGCGGCGGCGUCUCCGGCGGAGUACAAGAAGACGGAUGAACCUCAGCCCGACGUGAAGGAGGAAGAGGAGGAGGAAGAGGAGAAGAAGAAGAGCAGUCCAGCCGGCGGAGAAAAGAGCGACGGAGAGGACGGUCCUGCUGAAGGAGAGGAGGACGGAGAAGAAGAGGAGGAGGAGGAGGGAGACGGAGACAAGGACGACGAGAAGGAAGACGAGAAGGGGGCCUCAGGAGACGAGAAGCUGGAGGAGGAGGUUCUCCGGCGGUCCCCCAGGAGCAGGAGAGUGAGGAAGGAAUGAUGUCCCCGAGUCCACGUCCCUGACCUCUACGCCCCUCCUCCCCUUCCUCCUCCUCCUCUUCCUCGACUCCUCUGCUCUGAGGCGACGAAGCCUGAAUGGAACCAGUGGAAGCAGUGACAGGAAAUCAAUCGACGUCCACGAGGACCCUCCCACCUGAUGAUGAUGAUGAUGAAGAAGAUGAUUCCGGACUGCGUUUGUGUGACUGACUGAAAGCAUUUUUGUUCUUUUUAAGAGAUUAACUGAGAUUCACUAAAACUUCCUGCACCAUUCCUAAACUCCACCCGAGCGACCUGUCUGCUGAAGCUCCGCCCCCUGGCUGCCUCCACCAACCAGCAGCCAGCGUCAGAUCUUCGCCGCAGGUGGAGGUGAACGGACUGUCCACGAACGGGUUUCCGAACACGGGAAGUUUGAAAUGUCUAACCUCCGAACCGAUAACUAACUACUAACCGUUUCUAACGUCUAGCUGCCUGAAGUGACCCGUAUGUAGCGCGCCGUCCGCCAGGGCGCCGGGAGCAUCCGAGGGAUGAACCGGGAACACUCCGACCUCCUUCCCCUCGUCUUUCUGUUUUUGUUUGUUCUGAAGCGUUUGCUGCCGACUCUGCGGUUUCAGACAUUGUAAAUCUGAGUUUAUAGAAGUAAAGUACGAGUUUAUAGAAGUUUAUAGAGUUUUAAGUCUGAAUUUUAGUGCGUCUGAAUCUGAGGUUUGUGGGGUUAGUUGUCGGUUCUGACCCGGUGAACGGCAGCAGGCCCAGUCCUCCGACGUCUGUGGCGAUUCGUGGAGUCUGAAUUCAGUUUUUAGUUUUUCCAGUUUUUGUUGAAGAGCGGAGCGUCGUCUGCGUAGAGAAUCGCGUCAGCCGCGCCCGCCGUCUCGCCGUCGUUAUAGUAACAGUCUUCCUGCCGCCUGCUCCACCUCCGCUUCACCAGACGACCCUGGGGCGGCUCCAGAGCUCCGCCCAGUCCGACCGCGGCCCGCCGCGCCGGCCCCUCGCUCGCCAACACUAAAACAGGAGCCGGUGUGGGCAGCGUCAGAGCUCUGCACCAAUCAGAGCCCGCCUCCGGCUGGAACCCCCCGUCAGUAAUCAUCUCUGCUCUGUCCACCGUCUCUUCUCGAGCUCGCCAGGUAGCCCCGCCCGGCGUUGGGAGAGGGCGCCUGUUUCUGGUUUCCAGGAGAAUUGAUUAUUUAUUGAAACUCCAGCAGGAGUCAAACUCGUUAAAAAGGCUUCAAAGCUCAAAUCGACGUCACCGGGAGUCACGUGACCGGGACAAGCCACGCCCCCCGCCACCUCCGAGCUCCCGUCAUGUGACGGGGUUCGCGUUAAAAACUGAAAUACAUUUUACUUUUGAUAAAAACGGACAAAUCAGUAACAUAAACGUGGAAUCGUACAACUCUGUUUAAAACUGGCAAAUAAAGUUCAUUUCUCACCAGAAACACCUCAUUCUCCUGCUUCUCCGAGUCUAACGUGUUUGUUUUGCUGCGUCACCGUCAGAUCUGACGACUCAGCGUUUUUACGGCGUGAGUCACGGAACUGGCUCCGCCCACCGCUCUGCUGUGAUUGGCUGUUUUUUUUCUGUUACGUUUCAAUGAUCCGAGCGAAAUACUGUGAUGCCGUUUGUGUGCGUGUGUGUGAGAGCAGAGUCGGCGCUGGUUUUGGUGAAUAAAAAAAAAGACCAAAUGGAACCGA